GUGACUGCCGCCCCCCCCUCCGCGGCCCCCGCUGCCCACGGUUCCGGCGGCGGGCCGGGCCGAGCCGCCAUGCCGCGGUACUGCGCCGCCGCCUGCUGCAAGAACCGCGGCGGGCAGAGCGCCAGGGACCGCCGCAAGCUCAGCUUCUACCCAUUUCCACUUCAUGAUAAAGAGAGACUUGAGAAAUGGUUGCGGAAUAUGAAACGAGAUGCAUGGACUCCAAGUAAACACCAGCUUCUAUGCAGUGAUCAUUUUACCCCCGAUUCCCUUGAUGUGCGAUGGGGCAUACGAUACUUGAAACAUACAGCUGUACCAACAAUUUUCUCUUCCCCAGAUGAUGAGGAAAAAGACUCUUCUCAGAACAGCCCACAAGAGAUAAAGAGAGAAGACCCAGCAGAAACAGCUAAAAAUAUAGAGUCCGAGAAAGUACCUGUAUCACUUGAACUUUGUAGACCAAAUAAAAGUCCUGCAAUGGCGGAAAAUCUAGAUGAAAAAGCAGAAGUAGUUUGCUCAACUGCAUUGAGUAAACCUUUACAAAUGCAAAAACUACAACUUCAAAACAGAGAAGACUUACAGGCAGACAGUGUUAUUCUUGACAAUUCAUCUCAGCAGCAUAUACAUCAACCUGAUCCUGUUUUAUUGGCAACAGCAGUCCAGAACAUGGAAGCCGCCAAUGUUCAUACUUCUGUAGAGGAUUCAGUAAGUUGUACAGCUACAGUCUUGCAAUUUUCAGACCCUGAUUACUUGAAUUCGUCUCUGAAGUUGAACAACGCUUUAGGUUCAAUAACUGACUAUGCACUUGAAAACCCAAACUCUCAUGUUUUAGGCUGUUCUGUUGAAGUACAGCCUACAAGUGAAAACACAGUUUUAGUCAGUACAGUCACACAAACUAUUGAACAAUUUGAUGGAGGUGAAGAAUCUGUCAUUGCCAUCAUCCUACCAGCUGAGAGUCCAAAAGACUCUGAAAUAAUAGAUAGUUCUUUCUCACCUAUUAAGCAAGAAUUUCUCGACAUGGAAGAAGCAGAAACAGAUAAAUCUGUGUAUAUGAAUGCAUAUAGUGGAAGUGAAGUGUUACAAACUGAGCAUUCAUACUGCAAACAAGACAUAGACAGAGAGCACCUCUGGCAAAAGAUUUCAAAGCUUCACUCUAAGAUAACUCUACUUGAAAUGCAGGAGAUAAAAACUUUGGGGAGACUCAGGUCCUUGGAAGCUCUUAUUGGACAAUUGAAGCAAGAAAACCUUAUUUCUGAAGAAAAGCUCAAGAUGGUAGAAAACUGCUUCACAACACUUGAAGUGACUAUGAUACAGUAAAGACUUUCAGUUAUUGUUCCACAGUAUCUUUUCAUCCUCUUGACUGUCCUUUGGAACAAAAUAAGUUUUGAUUCAGUCAUGGUAUUUUAAAUAUCUAAUGCAAAAUGUGUGAAUAGCAAAUACCCUUAAUGUUACAUCAACUCCUGUCAAUGCUAGAUGGUAGACCAUUGCCCAUAAAAUACGACUUGCAAGUGAGCUUUAAAAGAAAAGCUAAGCCUGUUAGUCUUAUUGAAGUAUGUAAAGCAAAUCAAUAAAAAUAAGCUGAACUUUUCCCGAUGGCGGGCUUCACUGAAACAUGAAAAUCUUGCAUUUGGGGCAGCAGUAGAAUGGACAGUGUAACUUGGUAGAAUGGAAAAUUAUAAAACAGCUGUCUGAAAAGCAAAAAAACUCUCCUGGUUCUCUUUCAAACCAGUAAGGAGGUAUGUAAUACACAUUGUCCAGUGAGGCCACAAUUACUCUUUGGUCUUCUGUUCAUCUCGCAUUAAUUGUGAUAGCUUUUUGUACAUUUUGACCUUAUUAAAUUUGACCUUAUUAAUUUUUUCUGCAAUAAAAGGUGUGUCUGUUCAUCUA